AACAUGACGUCCCUUAUCGGAGUCCGGGAGAGUUCGAUAACGUUUACAUAUAAAACGGACCCCCAGUGCCGAAGAAGAUAUCACUCCUGAACGCACCUUCUUCGGAUACACGGACCUUGCCUUCUCUCCCCGAAAACCAUCAACAUGAAAACCAUCUUCGUCUUCUUCGCCCUGCUGGCGCUCGCCAUGGGCGAGCCGCUGUGUGUUCGCGACGACUCCAACGGACAGCCCGCCUGUAAUGCCGAAGAAAUGACCCAACGCUUCUGGCGCAACAACUGGGACCCCACCGCGUACUGGGAGUGCGUGACGGCCGGAACUGCCGCCACUGCUCGCCGUUGCCCGACCGAGGGCAUGUUCGAUUCCGCGACGCUGACCUGCAUCCGUUGGGACCUGUGGGUCUGGACACCGACCUGCAAGCCACCGAGCAUGCUGGUUUAAGAGCGAAUAGCGUGUAGAUUACAUAUGACGCACGGUGGGUUGGUACUGUAGUGCGGUGCGGUGGAAGAUGGUUGAAUAAAAUUUAAGCUUCACACAAGUGAA